AAAACUACUCAAGUUCCAUUUGAAUUCCAUGGAGGUUAAAGAAACAAAAUCUCUUUCUGGGUAUGGCAAACCUCCAUGGAUAUUUAAAGGGAGGGCCCUGUACCAGCUCCAUCUUGUGAAAGCAAAAACUGCUCGAGCUUUCAUCCCCAAAGAGUUCAGAUUAGUUGAAGCUUUUGGUUAUACUCUUGGUGGCUUCUUUCUUGCAAGUUACGAUGACAGCCCUGCUGGAAUCUUCGAUGAGCUUGUGGUGAUCGCAGGAAUUGUAUGGAACCCACCUACGUCUUGUGCAUGGGCUGCUAGGGUGCUUGUGAACAGUGUUGAGGCAUGCAUUCAUGGACGAAAGGAUGUGGGACUUCCAAGUCAAGUUGCUAGGUUUUCAAAGAGCAUUACAGCAAUUCCAAGGCAACCAGAAAGUAGGAUAAAUGGUUUUUUAAACAUGAUUGGCAUUAGUACUACUUCCUGUAACCAAAAGAAGUGCAUGGACAUUCAAGUGACUGAAAUCAAGGGUCUUGGUGCAACAGAUAUUUAUAAUAUCAGCCUUACCUCAGCUGGAAUGGCAGUAUCAGAGCAGAAAACCCGCAAAUGGAUGGGUCCAGCUAUGAAAAUGUCACUUCCAAGCUUUAGUGGGCGUACGGAGUAUAAUCCCCACCUUCUUAAGUACUCUUGCCAGAUUGAGUGCAGGGUGAGAGCAACGCGUCUAGCAAAAGUGUCGGUGUCGGGGACAUCUACACGGGAAAACAACAAAGAAACAUAUUCAGAAUGCCAAUGUUCUGAUUUUAGGGACUGGAGAAGUGCAGAACCCAGAGAAAACGAAAAAAAACUCAUCAUAUCUGUGAUGUUAUCAAAGCCAAUUUGCACUUUGGAGCUCAAUUGUCUAAAAAUGAAGGUUGAAGCUCCCACUGUGUUUCAUCCAUGCUCUCGGAACUCUUAGAAGGUUAUUGAUGAUGAUGCAAAUGCAAGGGACAGAUCCAGUAAUUAGGUCAGGCGGGGCCAAAGCUUUGGACAAGUCUUUAAGAGACAGCUGUGAUAAUUCAAGAACUUUAGGACAGUCAAUUUUGUAAGAGUUAGGAUGAGUAAAUGUGCAAUUAAUCAACUUUUAUUGUUUUAGCUUUAUCAUUUCCUUCCCCAUUGCUUUCCUGUACACCCAUGGGUUUUUUUUUUUGGCUGUGACCUACCUAUUCAUUUGCCUACAGCACUCCAACGGUGAAAGAUAAUGUUCUUUUAAAUAGGUGUUUGAUAAUCUAAUUCUAACG